GUUGUUUUUUUUUUUUUUGGCUGCUCACAGCUGAAGUGAAGCUCGGUCUGCAGGCAGAACCACAGCGCUCCGAACCUCCAGCACUCCUCUGCUCCUCUUCGCUCUCCUCAUGCGGAGCUCCUCGACAGGGAGCCCCUGUCAGGUGGAUCUGAUGAACAGCCACACGGCGGCGCUGGCGGCCAUGGAGCAGAGGCCAUGCGUCGAGUACCACGACCUGGAGGCCGCCGAGGCGCUCGUCAGCAUGAGCUUCUGGUGCCAGCGGCCCCCUAAGCCCCGCCCACUGACGCCCACCUCCGACUCCUGCGACUCCAUCCAGCUCCACCCGGAGGGCGGCGACGUUCCCAAGGACCUGAUCGCCCUGUCCUCACUGUGUAUGACUCCGCCUCACAGUCCAAGCUUUGCCGAGGCGUCCACUAUGACUGUCCUCACCACAAGCUCCGCCUCCAGACAGCUAAUGCUCCGCCCCCCGCAGCCCUGCGCCUCCCCUCAAAUCCCCACGCCGCCGCUCCCUCACAUCGAGCCGCCCUGCAUGGUUCUGCCAGGCAAGGCGAUGGCCACCAGCGUCAUCCGCCACACCGCCGACAGCCUCCCCGUGCCGCCGCCCUCCGCCCCGCAGACGGACACACCCACGCCGCCGGAACUGCCUCCCGUGGAGAAGAACGCCGCGCCCCCUCCGUCUUCCUCGGCGGUUCCCACCUCUCCGGUUCUCUGCCAGGUCUUUCCGGUCGGCGGCCAGACGGGAAUGAUUUCGGCGUUCGUCCAGGCUCCGGUCCAGGUCCAGACCCAAGCCGGACCCCAGUCCCCUCCGCCUACCUUCACCCAGCCCCUGCUGGUGGGCUCCACCGUACCGCAGGGGGCAGUCAUGUUCGUGGUGCCGCAGGGGCCGAUGUCGCAGACAACGCAGGGUCCCCAGACUGUAAUGACCGUGGGCAACACCAAGCUCCUCCCCCUGGCCCCCGCCCCCGUUUACAUGCCGUCAGGAACAAGCAGCGGCGCCUCGCAGGCCCACUUCUCCCGCAGACGGAACUACGUCUGCACCUUCCCCGGCUGCAAGAAGACCUACUUCAAGAGUUCACACCUCAAGGCUCACCUGCGCACACACACAGGCGAAAAGCCGUUCAGCUGUCACUGGGAAGGCUGCGACAAGCGGUUCGCCCGCUCUGACGAGCUUUCCCGCCACCGCCGGACGCACACAGGCGAGAAGAAGUUUGUCUGCACCGUGUGCGACCGGCGCUUCAUGCGCAGCGACCACUUGACCAAACACGCCCGGCGGCACAUGACCACCAAAAGGGCGUCGUCGUGGCCCCCGGAAACCAGGGACCUGACGAAAGGAGCCGCCGUGCCCAGGGGCCAAAACAAGGGCCCCACGCUUCCCCUCGGCGUGCUCGUCUCCACCGCCAACUGAAAGACUCGCGGGGGCAACUCAGGACUCCAAGGCUUAGGAUUCAGGCCCCGGCUACGUUUACAAGACAUCGAAACAGGGUCCGCAAAUCCUGGUGAACUCAGAUCAAGAACUUCCCGUAAAGAUGUCCGUCCUCGUCACGAUGGAAGAAGCGCAACAAUCAGACAGGAGGAACCGCUUCACAUACGCACCACGUUUUAAAAUAUCUGUGCUGCCAUAAACCCGGACUCACAGCUUUUCCGCUCUACUCAGGACAUUUUACAACCACAACCAUCAAACUCGCUGCAAAAAGGAAGGAGGAGGACAUGAAGGCUGCUACUCAUCCACAAACAGAAACCAACAAAAACCUGACUUUGCACUGGAUUUUUUUAAAAUAAAAAUCUUACUUGUUUUUAUACUCUCUCCUUGUAUGAUGUUUACUUCAUGUGUAUAUGUCACAUUUAGCAGAACGUAUGCACACGGUUUAUUGUUUGCCAAAGCUUCUGUAUCGUGCUUCUGUUACUAGCCGACUUCUGUUUGUUUGACUGUAAAUAUUGUAAAUAUACUGAUAUCUAUAUGAAUGUUACAUGUAUUCCAGUUUCCAUUUAUUGAUUUUUUUUUAAAUGUCAGUGGACAGUAUUCAUCACUGUGAUACUACCUAUAUUUGCUUUAUUCAUUAUUAUUAUUAUUAUUAUUAUUAUUAUUUAACAUUCUUUGUUGAGAAAAAGUGCUGUUUUUAAUAUCUUGAUUUGGCCCAUAGUGUAGCCAGUAAGAAUACCUCAUGUUAUUAAAUGUUAUUCUUAAUAAUAACAGUUUAUAUCAGAGUAAUCCCAUUUCCAUACAUUUGUUUGUUGACAACAGUGAACAAUAUAGCUUUUAUAAUAAAACUUUACAAUGAA